GUUUUUUCCGAACGUCAGAGGUAGGCGUGUCGUUGACUAAUAAUGGCAGACAGCAUGAAGGCAGCUCCAGAACUCCGGUGGACCGUUAGAGACCGUAUCUGCCGGUCUUUGUGUCGGGGAUGUGUAUGGUUAAGUUCGGGGUCCUAGCGUUAGGUCUGGCCUUCCCUCUCUGGACUUUUACCGCCGUGUUCGGUGUCCCUGUCGAAGGUAAGCGCUUGUGUUUUCUCGUUCCCUCUCUGUAUGUCUCCUCGGUGUUCCAGCGUGAAGAGUUACCGUGCUAACCUGUGACCGCGCGGUUUUCUGUAUCUUUCAUUUAAUGUGAUGUGUAGGAUAAUAUUUUGACUAUUAUACCUGAUUAGACGACAAUUUAAUACACUAGAGCUCUUUUAUAGUUUAACAGACAUUAUAACCACGAUAAUUUGACGCUGUGAAGUGUAAAUCGCCAGUUGGCAGGGUCACUUUUUUAACCAAAACACCAGGGGUUACAAAGAUCGAUAAAAAUACGUUUGGGAGUGACUUAGCAAAAAGUAGAUGUUACAACUUAGCGUAUUAUUAAAUUAACUUGUUUCAGUCUGUCGUUGCUUAAUAUUUUUGGUAAAGUUUUUGGCCACAGGCAUCUCCUCAUCUAUCGAAACUGUCAGUAUGUGUCAUAUUUAAGAUGACAGGUGUCUGUAUCACCUGUAAUAUCUGAAAUAUUAAUCAGUCUAUGAAAAUAAAUAUGGUAAAAUAUUUGAUAUAUCCAGGCUGAACGAGUCAGGACUUGACAAUGUGGCUGACUUAAUCGUGACUCACGUCAAAUCAUCCACGUGUUUACUUUACGGGUUUCUCUAAAUGAGUCAAAAAUGACUCAUCUGAAUUGGUCAUUCAGAUAAUAUUGAGGGUAUUAAGGGUAUUUCCAACACCAACUAUGAAGCUACAGUUAUCUGGCGGGAAUGGUCCGCAUUUUGAGACGUAAGAGGAUGUCGUGUUUGUUUACAUUCAAAUUUGAAAGAUCAGAUCAGCUCGACGGUUAAACUGAAAAUACAAAGGGCCUCCAGUUAUCGUGACAGGUGAAGUUUUCUUCUCAUUUAGGUGGGUAAAAAGUUCAAUCCCAACAUGAAAUCAUCACCUCAUCACUUUAAAGUGAGUAAGUCAGUGGUUUAGUCAGUGAAAUCUGUGUUGUUGGUCUUGUUUUUGCACACAGAAAACUGAAGUUUGUUUAAAAUAGAAAAGCAAAGGGAAAAUUGGUUUCAAACUGAUCAACAGGAUACAAAAAGUUAUUUAAAGACAGACUAAAUGCUUCUGUCAGUGAUUAGAGGUUUAUUUAUUAUUUUCAUUUUGCAAUAUUUUCCAACCUCGAUCGCGCAGUUUGCUAAUCUUUUGGGUUUUUUUAUGACACUUUUCAGACAAAAAAUGCAGUUCAAAGUGCGUCAGAGGCUAAAAAUAACAAUUAACAACAAAACCCAAACCUCCCACUCACACACACAUACACAAAGACUCACACCCACCCUCACUCACCCACACAUCUAAGACAGGAAUUAACACAAAAGACUAAGAACAGAGAUAAUUAAUAAAUUGACAUAAAAUAAACAUUAAGAACUUUGAUUUAAAUGAACAUUUGCAAUAAGAGAAAUAUAAAAAGGCAGUUAGUGAAAAGCCUGGUUAAAAAGGUGAGUCUUGAGCCUCAACAGUCUCAAAAGAGUCAUUGUUUUGACUGAAAGUUUACCGAAACAGAAAUUUAAAGAUGUGUCUGAGCCUUCAGGGAAAUCAAACAAAACUCGAAAAGGCAGGUGUUUCCACCAAGUUUUCCAUCAGCUGUUUCCCUUCGAGAUGGUUGGGGUUUCAGUUGUUCCUCAGGCUGCUCUCAUGUAGAAAUGCACCGAUCCAUAUUUUUCCGAUCCAGUCAGAUUCCGAUACCUGGGCUGAGCGUAUCGGCCGAUAUACGAUACCGAUCCAAUACUACUGUCGAAUGAAUGACUGAACAGUAUACCUCGCCCUGUGAGUGAAGGCAUCAGGCAUAAACAUUCAUUUACAUUCGAUGUAAACAUUUAGUGCAAAAGGAGAGACGGACAUAGAAUACAGAGCGAACAGAAUCGCUGGAUCGGCGUCAUUCAUCAGUUAUCCGAUCCAGUUAAUUUGUCAAUAUCGGAGCUGAUAUCCGAUCCAAAUAUCGGAUCGGUGCAUCCCUACUCUGAAGACCAGCCUGAGACAGAAGUUGAAGAAGAUGUUUGCGAAGUUUUUAAAACUUGAACUAACUUUGCGUUAACUCUCCAGGUCAGCCUAACGUGAUCGGUCCCCGCUCGGUCAGAGCUGCUCCAGGUGAAGACGUCAUCCUGCCCUGCCACGUAGAGCCUCAACUUGACCUGCAGGAUUACACCAUUGAGUGGUCCAAGCCGGACCUGAAGCCGCAGAGUGAGGUCACUUUCGUCCUCCUGUACAGGUACAAGAAAGAGGUCAAGAGUGUGAAAAGCGAGGCCUACGUGGACCGAACGAGGCUGUUCACAGAGUCCCUGAAAAGUGGGAACGUUUCACUGCAAAUCAAGGGAGUCACUGUGGAAGAUCAGGGGGAGUACAAGUGCUUAGUCCCCCUGCUAAGGAGCCGAAACAGACAGGCCACCAUCAGGCUCGAAGUUGGUGAGUCCAUGUUCAGAUUUCUGACAGAUGAGCUCAUAAGUUUUCAAAGCUGAAGUAAUUUUUUGACGAUAUUUGGGGUUUCGAUUCACUCUGACUUUAACUCUUGUUUUUUUCUAGAUCCAAGCUUUGCUCCAACAGAGACAUCAGUGGAUCCAAACAAUUUCACCACUCCUGAACCGACGGAUCAGACCGACAGGGAAAGUAAGAAAACACCCAAAGGAAAUUUUUAAUCUAAUCGUGAGACUGAAUCUGAUUCAUGUCGUAUUUGAGUUUAAUACGAGUCACUCUAACCUGUCUUUUCUACUCUGUCUCCACAUCAGGUGGUCGCUCACAUCCAGGCGUCUGGAUCUCUGUGCUUGUCUUCAGCUUUGUACUCCUGGGUGGAGGCAUAUAUUUACUCAUUAAGAGUCAAAAGCAAAAUGUAAGUAACGAAACAACACAAUCUUACAUCUUUAAAGGUUUCUUUAGUUUAAAAUCAACUGUGUAUUCAUUGUCAAUAAACGUAUCUGUUCUCCUCGUUCCAGAGUUCUGCGUUUUCUGCUACUAAAAUAAACCUGUCAUUUGUGUAGCUGCUUUGCUCAAACUCACACCGGCCUUCGACAUCACCUCAGGGAUUUAAACCGGUCCCACAGUUGAAGAAGAAUUUAUCUGCUGGAAACCAGCUCCCAUCAGAAGCAGGAUGUAAGUCUGAUUUGAAUAUGGUCUCUGAGUCCUGAUAACGGCCGUUUCACACUUUGAAUAAUGAGUCAGAUAGGUUUUAUGACUUGCAAACAUCUCUCAUAGGAAGAGAGUCUAGUGGCAGUAAAGCUGACGUGUUCUGCUUGGUGUUUUCUCCAUCCAGAGUCCAUCUCAAGAUCUUCAAUGAUGCUGAAUCAAACCCUGAAAGAACCUGGAGUGAUGGAUUUUCUUCUUAAAGCAAGUUUAUUUGGGACUUUAAAAGGAGGAACCGUGCCAGACCACGAACCCUCCUGAAGGUUCUCGGCACUGAUCCAUCAACAGAACUGCUUCAUCAUCUAAGGUGGCUUUGGAUUCUUAGAUUUCACUCUUUGUCUGUAAAGAACUGAUUGCUGCUUCGCCUGACCUCAGAGAGACACUCGGUGGAUCUUUCCUGUUUGGAUUCAAGUCUUUAUUUCUUAGAGAGGGGUUUUUUGGUGUCGCACUUUCUCUUGAAAACACCCGUCCUCAGUAGACCACACCUCAAAGUUCUGGACUCAUGGACACUUUAGUUACAAAUCCUGAUAAAAGUAUAAUUAUUAAAAGGUUUACAGAGUACCUCUUAAACCUGAUAAAACCUUUAAAUGACCUGAAAGCGGUGGUCCUGAUACAGAAAGGCGCCGUCGUAUUUCAGAGGGUGGCAGCCAUGCCGUCGGAGUCAAAGAUCUCUCUGAAGUUUUCUACUCUUAGACCUCAUGAAAUAAAAAAAACGUUCUAUCAUAACUUUGCCAAAUAUACACUUUUUGUUUUACUUAAAAUUUACCAGAUAUUAUUUUAUCUAUUGGAACUUUUUCUACUAUCUACUCGACUUUUUAUUUUAUUUUCAUGGAGAUGUUCUUCAAAAAUUCCACACAACCCUAAAUGACAUUAAGAAACGAACAGGUCAGUGUUCUCAAACUAUGUGAUCAAAGUUUAUAAAGAGGGUUCAGGAUAGAGUAAAAUACUGUCGGUGAUAUCUGACACUUUAGUUAUUAUAGAGAGAGGCUGCUUUUGUUGAGUCAUUGCACUUUAAAGUUAACGUGAAGUAAAGUCAGUGUUAGCUGAAUGAAUGUGAUAAAUACUGUUGAAAAAAGACGUUAAAGUUUUUUAUGUCACAGUUUAGAAGACCUAAAUAUACCUCUUUUAAAGUAACGCGAUAACAGAGACACUUAAACACAGGAGUGUCGGCAACUCAGAUGAACGUUUCCUGACAGACCAAAACAAACCAACAUUAUUAAUUCAUUUUAGAAAGUCCUGUUAUUGCUCUUUAAUCAUAUCUUUAAACUGUGCUAGCCAUAGUCAUUAUUUAUUCUCAAUGCAACCUCGUCGAUUACCGUCUUAGUUGACAAGAAGUUGAUCUUCUUAGUCAGAUUUUUGUUGUUUUAACUCUUGAAUGUAAUUUAGUGACUUCCUGAAGACUUGAUUUUAGUUGAUUAAUGUCUUUAAGAAUAUAAAUGACAGUCGUCUGUCAGAUAUGACUCAGGUUUUUAUUUUACUUUAGACUGAAGAAACUCUUAAGUUGUAUUUUGGGCUGCAUUUCACUUCUUAGUCAUCAACCCAAAUUUGGCCAUUAGCCAGACACUAAGUCCAUAUGAAGCUAUAUUUACAUACUGACACUGAAACACAGGCAGGUUUCCCCUGUGAAAUAUUAUCCAAUCAAAAAGGUUGUCUUUUUGUUUUAUAAAGAAAAAUCUUUUGCACAUAUAACUUUGAAGUAUUGGGAUGUUCCUCAUUUUUUAUUUAUUUAUCAAUCUUUGCUGUAAAUGCCGAAUAAAUCUACUUCUCAAAUGACUGCA